AUGGAGGAGUGCAGCCAGAAAAAAGUAGAUAAUUAUUCCCUAGAAAUCAAUGUGAUUGAGGGUAAUGAUGCACAACAAAUAGGGGAUAGAAGUAGUGCGGAAGAUGAAGGCAAGCCUAAGCCUGGAAUGUUUUUUGAAUCAUUUGAUAAGUUUCUUCAAUACUACCAGAGCUAUGGAAAUAAAAUGGGGUUUGAAGUUACAAUAAGAUCUUCAAGGAAAGGAGAUGAUGGGGAGUUGAUUUAUGUGAACGUUGCCUGUUGUUAUGGUAGAAAGCGAGAUAGUAAUUCCAAAAAUAUUUUUAAAUUGCAUCCGUUGACAAAAAGUGGUUAUAAGGCUCGUAGUACUGCCUCUCGACGUUUAGAUGGUAAAUGGGAAAUAGUGUCAAUCAUCUAUGAGCAUAACCAUGAACUCAUAAGUCCUAGCAAAACAAGAUUUUUCAAGAGCAAUAGAUUUAUACAACCGCAUGUGAAAAGAAAGAUUGAAGUGAAUGAUAAAGCAGAGAUUAGACAGAGUAAGAAUUUCAAUUCCUUUGUAGUUGAAGCUGGGGGUGUUGAGAAUUUGAGCUUCUUACAACAGGAUUAUAGAAAUUACAUUGAAAAAGUUAGGAAGAUCCGACUUGGUGAUGGUGAUGUUGUUGCGUUAUAG